GUCCACCACAGCGCACGUCCACAUCCCACCACCAAUCCACCGUCCACUUCCAUACAUGUCGGAUAUUAGAAUUUAAAAUUACUACUCUUUAAUUGUUUGUCAAAUUUAGGAGAAAUUUCGCAUUUUUCUGACCAAAUGAACUUGUAAGCAACGGACACUAAUUACAUGAAGUAUUGAAAAUAACCCAUAUAAAAUAUAUUAUUUUUAUUGUUGUCAUACAAGAAAUGGUGAACUUUUAUGCAUUUAAGUUAUAGGCUUUACGAUUUUAUCUCUCAUUUUUUCUCUUUCUUCCAUUUCAAGCAUACAUUCCAACAAGGAUUGAAGAUUGAAUAAUUAGAGGAAGGAAUACCCAUCCACAUUUAUCAAGAUGUCGGGUUAUGAGGGUGUGCUUGUUUCUGAUACUCAAUUGCAAAGUCAAUUCACCCAAGUGGAGCUUCGUGGCCUCAAAUCUAAGUAUUCUGCAUUACAAUCUCGUUCUGGUCAUGUUACAGUAUCCGAUUUGCCGCCAGUUUUCGCUAAACUUAAGGGAAUCAAUGGAAUUUAUCCGGAAAGUGAAGUUAGAGCUGUAUUGGAGGAUUCAUAUCCCGAUAUGACUCACGAGAUCGAUUUCGAAUCGUUUUUAAGGGAAUAUCUUGGCUUUCAAGGUCGAGCCAGCGGGAAAGGUACAGGUUAUAAACGAGCUACUUCAAUUCUAAGACAAUCUACAACUACCCAUUUUCAUGUCAUUAGCGAAUCGGAGAAGGAAUCUUAUGUUACUCAUAUUAACCAUCAUCUGGCGGAGGAUCCUUUCAUGCAAAAAUUUCUACCCAUUGACCCGAAAACAAAUCAGCUAUUUGAUCUUGUAAAAGACGGAGUUCUUUUGUGUAAGUUGAUUAAUCUUGCUGUGCCGGGAACGAUAGAUGAAAGAGCUAUUAACACCAAAAAAACUCAAAAUCCCUGGGAGAGAAAUGAGAAUCAUACACUUUGUCUUAACUCUGCAAAGGCUAUCGGCUGCACAGUCGUUAACAUUGGCACACAAGACUUGGUUGAGGGACGGCCUCAUCUUGUAAUGGGAUUGAUUUCACAAAUAAUUAAGAUUCAAUUGUUAUCCGACCUCAACUUGAAGAAGACACCUCAACUUGUGGAGUUAGUGGAGGAUAAUCAGGAUGUGGAGGAAUUCAUGAAUUUGCCUCCAGAUAAGGUCUUGUUGAAAUGGAUGAACUUCCAACUGAAGAAAGCGGGAUAUCAAAAGGAGGUGACGAACUUCUCCACCGAUUUGAAGGAUGGUGAAGCUUAUGCGCAUUUACUUAAUGUUCUUGCUCCUGAACAUAGUACGACCACUACUUUGGAAACUAAAGAUCCUACACAAAGAGCAAAAUUGAUUGUGGAGCAAGCAGAAAAGUUGGAUUGCCAGAAAUAUAUUAGUCCAAAGGAUAUUGUCGAGGGGUCAACGAAUUUGAAUCUUACUUUUGUUGCUCAGAUUUUUCAACACAGAAAUGGUCUGACUGCAGAGGUUGAUACUGAGAAGAUAUCGCUCACCCAUGUUCUAGACGAUGACUUGGAAACUUCGAGGGAAGAGAGAUGCUUCCGACUUUGGAUCAAUAGUCUUGGAGUUGCAACGUAUGUCAAUAAUUUGUUUGAGGACGUUAGACCAGGGUGGGUUCUUUUGGAAGUGCUGGAUAAAGUUUCCCCAGGAUCAGUUAAUUGGAAGCAUGCCAGUAAACCUCCUAUCAAGAUGCCGUUCAAAAAAGUCGAAAACUGCAAUCAAGUCAUCGAUAUUGGAAAAAGCAUGAACUUCUCCCUUGUUAACGUUGCUGGAAAUGACAUCGUACAAGGAAACAAGAAGCUCAUUAUAGCAUUCCUCUGGCAGUUGAUGAGGUUUACAAUAAUCCAACUGCUAAAAAAUUUGAGAUCGUUCUCACAAGUAAGGGAGAUAACAGAUGCAGAUAUUCUUGAUUGGGCAAACAAAAAGGUCAAGAGUUCGGGCAAAUCUUCUCAAAUCGAUAGCUUCAAGGAUAAAAGCUUAUCCACCGGUAUAUUCUUCCUGGAACUUCUUAGUGCAGUGCAGCCAAGAGUCGUUGAUUGGUCAGUUGUGACCAAAGGAGAAAAUGAUGAGGAUAAGAAGCUGAAUGCAUCUUACAUAAUCAGUGUCGCGAGAAAGCUCGGAUGUUCUAUAUUCUUGUUGCCUGAGGAUAUCGUUGAGGUAAACAAUAAGAUGAUUCUUACCUUAAUUGCAAGCAUUAUGUACUGGAGUCUUCAGAAGAAACCAGAUCAGCUGGCUAUCCUACAAGAAACUGAAGAGGCUUCCUCUUCUGUUGAAGAAGCUGAGCCCCAAGAAGAGGGAUGAUAUUGGAGCAUAAGUUUUGGAGAUUGAAUUUUCUUUUUUUUUUUUUUUAUAAUAUACAUAUUUUUUUCGGGCCUAGGAAAACCCGAAACAAAAUCGCAAAACGAAAGACAGAAAAGGAAAAAAAAAUCGAACGAAAGAAAAACAAAUUUGUUUUGGAAAUAUGCAAAUAUACUUGUGAUUCACAUUGUUUGUAAACAUAUAGAAAAAUAGUGUUGGUCAUGUAAAUUUACUUUCAGUUUUGGUGAUAAUAUAAAUAUAUUUAUUCUUGCAAGAGAUAUUGUAUUUAUUAUAAGCUAAAGAAGUUUUUGUGUAAGA